UGCACUAGCUGCAAAGUCAAGUGUUUUGAAGUACAUGGCUGAUGGGACCCACUUUUUUUUGAAACGUACUUAAAUAUGGUUUUUCCAUUGUGAAAUAAACAUGAACAUAUACUGAAGCUAAAUAUACCUAUUGGAUUAUAAUCAUGAAAUCUGUAAGCUUGGUAUUUGUCCUUCUUGUAUCGCUUGCCAUUGUGUCAAGGACAGUUGCUCAAGAUUGUGACAAUACUGGGAUUCGGAAUUGCAUGAACCAAUUCUCUAUACAAGAAAUCGUAAAAAUGUUUAAAUCACCAGAUAUUAAGACGUUGGAUACUAAAAAAACAGUACAUACAUUUUGUAGCAUUCAAAAACAGUUAGGCAACUGUGUGCAGGAAUACGGGACCGCAUGUAAAUCACCAAGCACACUUUCUGUAGAAACAUCUCUAAAUGCUGCUAGCUUCUUAUGUUCUGAGGGAAAGGAAGGAUUUAUUGAAAAUUUCCAAUGUGUGAUGACCAAAUUUGUGGUGAAUCAAACAAGCAUAAUGUCUUGCUUGAAACUCGUCCAACAACUAAUCGAAAAGCAAGACACCAAAAGGGGUUCUGAUACUUCUAGUGAAAAAUGCAGAGUAGCAGCAAAAAUGACGACCUGUAUAGAUGAUAAAACAAAAGAACUUUGUGAUGACAAAGCAGUGCCAUUUGUUCAUUCGUAUCUACAAGCCAUCAUUAAACCAUUGAUGAAAGGCGUAAAAUGCAACAAUGGUCAGAAAACAAUGAAACAGUGGUGGACAUUUGUUAUGAUAUUUGUGACUUUUACAAUUUGUCUCUAUAAUACUUUGUAUGAUUUAUGGUAAAGUUUUUAAAGAGAUAAAUAGCUUAUUAUUUCA